CGAAAAGACCAAAAGAUGGAGGUGGGAAACUGUCCUCCUCAACUUGAAGAAAGCGCACAUGGAUCCUUGACGUGGUGCCGAGACCCAGAUGUUGCAGCGCUAGAUCGUUGCAAACCCCAAGUGAAUCGAUUUGGUGGUUUCCCACGGAAGUGGUUGAUUUUGCGGUCAGGUGUUGAUCCCCUUGAGCUGUGAUCAAUUCUCUUGGAGAAACCUGUGAACAUACUAGGUGUUUCUACCAAGAAUGACGAGCCACAAGCCAUCUCUUGUCCACUACCGAAGCCAUUUUGGGCUCGUUGGCUGUGCUUCUGACUACAAUGAAGACAAUGCUGAGACCUGCCUUUGCGGGUCUUCUUGUGGCCUUGGUUGCAAGAGCCGCCAAAGUGCAUUCAGAACACCUGGACAUCGCUCCCCCUACAAAAGCAGCCUCAUUCCAGAGAUUGCCAAAAGAGAAAUGCUCCGGCGUCCCCUACACCAAGAAAUCGGAUUUGUUUUGCGACGGUUGGACUGGGAUCUCGCUUGAGGAAUGCGAGCAGAAGUGCAUUAAGAAUGAGGUGGAGGGGCUGGGUUUAAUGAUUAAACAGCAUCAAACAGCCAUCUAAUCUGUGUAACAUUGUAUAUGUAUACAAUGUAUACAAUGUAUUAAGUAAUAUAGUAUACAUACGAUUGUAACUGUAACUAAUUAUAUACACUAUAAAUCGUUCAAUAUUGAGAGAAUCGCAGUUACAGGGAGUCAGCUGUACAGCUGGUAUCAAAUGGUAAAAUUAGGUUAAACAGGGCCUCCCUGGGAGAGAAGUGUGUUUAUGCCUUCAAAAGGGGCCGCGUUGAGAAACGGUCCGAGCCCAUGGUGUCUAGGUGGCGCCCAAUUGUCCCAACAAGACUUGCCAGGCGAGGCAAGGGCGGUGAUCAGGUCUGGACCUGGACAUCAAACCAAAGAUCCAUGUAAGACUCCCAGAGAUAUCAUUGAUUGACUUCCUCGCCCCAGUAUCUAAAGAUGUUGACUUCCUCGAGUGCGCUGUGGAGCAGACAAGGCUUUUUUCAAUUUUUCGGGUUCCGGAGGUUGUGGAAGAGUUCGGAGUCCAAGUAGAAUCAAUAUGCAAGUUAUUCACAAUGCGUUUGAUGAAGAAAAGAUGCCACCCGCAACCCCGCUUUCAGUUCCUCCGACAUAGACCAACCAAGAGAGAGAGAGAGAGAUUGACGCUUGUUGGACCCUACAUUAGAGCCCUCACACAGAGAGUGUGGUUUUCUAUGAAAAGGUUCAAUGACCUUCAUCCCUUGUUACAAAGAAUCCAACAAAUCCUGAACCGUGGUAGCCAGUUUUUCCAGCUGAACCCUGCCGGUGACGAUGCCGAGGUCCUGGCCUUUCUUGUCGAUCCGUUUUUUCAAGGCGGCCAACUUCUACCCGGGCAGCAUGAAGUGCCAUCUCUUCGAUUUCUGCACCGAGCUCGAAGACGACUUCGCCGCCACAGGCCUGGUGCGCCGUGAGCUGCUCGAGGAUCUCAUGGACGAAGACGAUGAGGAUGAGCCGCUCACGGCAGUGACGGGUCCUGUGGCGGAGCUGGCCAUCGCGUUGCCCAUUGUUCUCAUCAACAUGAGCAACUACUCGGGGCAGAUCACCAACCACCGUCCUAGAUACAAGACCUACACCUUCGGCAACAUCAGCUCCGAUCUAGAAAUGCUCUACGACAAAGUGCAAGGCUUCUACAGUGUUUUGCACGAGAGCAUGAAUGGUACGGACGGCUUGAUGUACUGUCCCACGCGGUCGGUCUCCAACAUGAUGGAGUGCCUACGCUUGGCCACGUGUUUGAUCCAACGCCAUGCCCCGCAGCAAGUGCCCAUGGAGACCUAUGCCAUCCUUGAAGACUUGGUGACACGUUUCGAGAGCAUCACUUGGCCAGUGCUGAAAGGAGCUCUCAUGAACGAGGAAGGCACUCUAGACUUGAUCAAGAAGGACCAGCGACUCCCACCGCUCUACAAUUGCGUGGCCACAGAAGAGAUCAGCGAGGAGGAUGUUUCAGCACCGGGUGGGGUUUUCUUGCAGCUCCAUGAUGAAUCUGCUACUUCCAUGGCUUUGGCACGUGCCACGCGAGGUACACACCAGAUCUUGGACUCCCAUACUCACAACAGCUCCAUGACCGUGACGCUUCAACGGCUGGAAGAGCUUUGGCAGCCGCUUUGCCAGGAGUUGAAGUGUGACCACACGAACUACAACGACAUCCUAACGAUGUCCCACAAGCAAACUUUGAAGCUCAUGCAGACCGCGAGUGCCAGUCAAGUUGGCGUUGAAAUCAGGCAACGAAUUUGGUUGCAGCACAAGAUCCAGCACUUCGUCGCGAAGCACGGAGCCGAGGGUGGCUUCGAGUUCCUUCGUGCAGAAGGUAUCCAAGGAGCUUCGGCCGAAGCAUUCCAUGGCUAUGCCCAGAGCGGCCGCAAGUCCCUCCUGUCGCUUUCGCAAUCCUUCGAGUUCUCUGAAGACGAAGAAGGCCUCCGCUUGUUCGACCGGGAGCAGUACGCGGCUUUUCUCCAAGAGGAGCAGCAAGCUGCCCACGCCGAUGACAGUGCCCGCUCCGGAAAGGGCCGACGAAAGCAAAAACGUCAGGAGCGGCGAGCAAGACGCAAGGAGAAGAGGGAGAAGAGGCGGAUGAUGGCGAAAAAGAUCUUUGGAUGCCUGGGCAAAGCCUCCAUUUGGAAUGCGGAGGGUUACAGCCGCACACUGGGAAGCUACGUGGGAUUUAGCUUCGGGCAAGGCUUUGGUGCCAGCAACAAUGCCCUCAAUGAUAUUCUUAAAGGACAGGCCCCACAAUGGACGGCUGGUUACUAUAGUUUCUAUGUCAGCCUUGGAUUCGGGAACAUCUACAAGUGGUUUUGGGGUGGCCUCUCUGUGAGCGGUGCCUUCACCAUCACGCAGGAUUCGGUCCUGGUGGGAGUCUACGUCGGCGCGGUGGCCUGUGGUUGGGGCAAAGUCAGUUGGGUCACAGAGCGUUGCCCCUUUGGCGUCAAGGGCAACUUUGCAGGCUUCCAAUGCAUGCGCGCCACUGGGGUGACCAUCUCACUGUUCUGCUGCGGCAUUGACCUGGUUUCAGGGGACAACAGUUGCCGCUGACACGAACGCCACAGUGUCGCUUUCGCUCCCCGAAGAAAUCGGUGUCUCAAGACCCCAGGGUCUCGACGCCCAGACGGCGACGUCCACGGAGAAAGCAAGCGCGAGCACGGGGAAGGUUCUAUUGAAGGUCCUAAUGCUGAGGGUUGAUGUCUACAGCUCACCUACCAGGAAUGCUUGUACAUCUCUGGUCCUCGGGAUGUUUAUUCAUAAACAGCCAAUAUUGAGAUAACUUAAGAUAUAUAUAUAUAUAUAAUAUAUAUUUAUACAUGUACAGCAGGUUCAAUACUCGAUUCAGUUGCGUAAAUGAACUGCUGGGGACAAGUGGGUUCAGAGCUGAAAUAACAUUUGGAAGGAGCAAGAGGGUUCCAGGUCAUUGUAGCCAGGGGAGAGAGCCAUGAGGAAGGAUGGAGCCAACGGCCACCUUUCGAACAAAGACCCACUUGAGCUGCAAGGAUCUGCAAGGCAAGGUUGGGUUUUAGUUUUUGGAGGGUUAUAUAAGGCUUCCCCAACAGGAACAUGAACUGACUAACAGAACAUGGGAAAAAGGAGCAUGACGCUUGCCAGAGUCCAUCGAAAAGAUUCCACAUCGGGAGGAAG